CCCCCGCUGCCCUUCUUCCCUCGCACCAUCUAAGCUAAGCUCAAAGCUAGCCACACGCCAUGGCCGCCGCCGCCGCCAAGAACCACCGCAUUGUUCCCCUCCUGCUCGUUGCUGCCACACUGAUCGCGCAGCUCGCGCCGGCCGCGGCCUGCCCCUACUGCCCGACGCCGAAGCCUUCGCCGCCGCCGCCCCCGCCCCCGAAGGUGAAGCCACCGCCGACGCCCGUGCCGUGCCCUCCGCCGCCGGCCACGCCGACGCCUCCGUCGCCGACACCGUCGGGCAAGUGCCCCAUCAACACGCUGAAGCUUCUGGCGUGCGUGGACGCGCUCAACGGGCUCGUGCACGCCGUGGUCGGGGCCAAGGCCAGCGAGGCGUGCUGCCCGCUGCUCUCCGGCGUGGCCGACCUCGACGCCGCGCUCUGCCUCUGCACCACCAUCAAGGCCAAGGCGCUCAGCGUCAGCGUCGUGCUGCCCAUCGCCAUCGAGGUGCUCGUCAACGAGUGCGGCAAGCACGUGCCCUCCAGCUUCCAGUGCUCGUAAUUAAGUUCACUAAUUACUGCAUAUGUGUAUCAUUAUAUCUGAAGGCAUGAUGGGUUAAAGUUUUAUAGUACGUACGUACAUGAGCUCUGACGUCUUGAGGUGUAGAGCUGUGGAGUGUGCAUUUUGCAAUUGUCUACCGAUAUUGUAUCCUGAAGACGUGUGAUUUGUGGUUUUGGGUUUAUAAUAAUUAAGUAAGUUUAUGAAAAAACUGUGUAUGAUGUAUAUGAAUCUUCCGGUGUAUGCUUUGAAACAUGUCAACUUUCGUGUCAA